UCCAAGAUUCGGCUUCCUCCAGUGAAUACACAGCCGCGCACCGCGUUUGACGGGUUCUUUUGGGUUAAUUAGUGUGAUAGGUUACAGAUUUUGGGUGGCUUUUGUGCUUUUAGAAUGAAGAUUUUAGUGGUUCUGGCAUGUGUGGCCGUUGCUUCGGCACGACCGGAAGCUCCGCUGCAAGGAUAUAACUACGCGGCACCGGCACCACGUCCUAUUGUGCACUCGGCAGUGUCCUCGUCGGCUGCCAGCUCGGGUGGACAUGGUGGAUACUACCAGGCACCUGCCCCCGCUCCGGUGUUCCACCCAGCCCCAGCUCCGGCUCCAGUGUUCCACCACCAUCAAGCCCAAGCUGCCCCGGCGUUCCAUGGACAGGCUCAUCACUCGGCUGGAUUUGGAGGCUCAUCCGGGUUCGGAAGCUCGUCCGGAUUCGGAAGCUCUUCUGGAUUCGGAUCUUCGAUUGGUUCGUCCGGUGCUGGAUUUGGUGGCCUGUCUUCGUCUGGCUUUGGAUCCGCUGUGUCCUCGGGAGCAUCUUUUGCUCCCCAGCAGACCGUCGUCCAGAAGCACAUCUACGUGCACGUGCCCCCGCAGGAGCCCGAGGAGACCCGCGCCCAGCAGGUCGUGAGCCAGGGAGUCCCCCGUAAGCACUACAAGAUCAUCUUCAUCAAGACCCCGAACGUGCAGCCCUCGGCCGCCCAGAUCGCUCUCCAGCAGGCCCAACAGGAGGAGAAGACCAUCGUGUACGUGCUGGUCAAGAAGCCCGAGGACCAGGCUGACAUCAACAUCCCGCAGUUGGCCCCUCUGCCACCAAGCAAGCCCGAGGUCUACUUCAUCAAGUACAAGGCCAACAAGGGAGCGACGGGCAGUGCCGCCGGAAUUGCCAACGCCAUCAGCGGAUCGCUGGGAGGUGCCGGAUUUGGUGGAGCGAUAUCCUCGGGCUCGGCUUUGUCUACCGGCUCCGGAUUCGGUGGAGCGAUAUCUUCCGGAUCGGCUUCGUCAUCGUCUAGCUCCGGCCACGGAUUCGAUGCAGCGUUAGGAUCGUCCGGAUCGGCCAUCAGCAGUGGAAGUCUGCCUCACACUGAGUACGGCGCCCCUACCGGUGGUCACCAGGGAUACCACUAAGUGCCAAAGUACCUUCGCCAACGCCUACUAUUUGCCGAUGACACUUCUUCCGGAACAAUGCAACAGACACACUUGACACUUGCACAUAACCCCGCGAUACCUCCGUAUUUGCUUUAAAACUAGUCUAGUAAGGACGAACGCGUGCGCGAAGAUUUUCAGAACUCGGUUUAGACCCACUUCCGGCACACCCACAAAAAA